UUACAGCCGGGAGGAUUUACGGAGGUUUCGCUUCCGGUAGUACCGGAAGCAGCUUGAAGAUGGCGUCCUCUAAGCAGAAUGGGCCGACUGUAGCGUCGGGGAAAAGCGAACUUCGUUCCGCGAAGCCGACGUCGGAGAACCGAGAUGAAUCUGAACUCCUCACUGUUCCGGAUGGUUGGAAGGAGCCAGCUUUCUCCAAAGAGGACAAUCCCAGAGGACUCCUGGAGGAGAGCAGUUUUGCAACUUUGUUUCCGAAAUACAGAGAGGCUUACUUGAAAGAGUGCUGGCCAUUGGUACAGAAAGCCUUGAAUGAACAUCAUGUUAAUGCAACCCUGGACCUGAUUGAGGGCAGCAUGACUGUCUGUACUACAAAGAAGACAUUUGAUCCAUACAUCAUCAUUAGGGCCAGAGACCUAAUCAAACUGUUAGCCAGGAGUGUUUCAUUUGAACAGGCAAUACGAAUUCUUCAGGAUGAUGUUGCAUGUGACAUCAUUAAAAUAGGUUCUUUAGUAAGAAAUAAAGAAAGAUUUGUAAAAAGAAGACAACGGCUUAUUGGUCCCAAAGGAUCUACUUUGAAGGCAUUGGAACUCUUGACAAACUGUUACAUUAUGGUUCAGGGAAACACAGUUUCAGCCAUUGGACCUUUUAGUGGCUUGAAAGAGGUUCGAAAAGUAGUCCUAGACACUAUGAAGAAUAUUCAUCCAAUUUACAAUAUUAAAACCUUAAUGAUUAAACGAGAGCUGGCGAAAGACUCUGAGUUAAGAUCACAAAGUUGGGAAAGGUUUUUGCCACAGUUCAAGCACAAAAAUGUGAAUAAACGCAAGGAACCAAAGAAGAAAACUGUUAAGAAAGAGUAUACACCCUUCCCACCACCACAGCCAGAAAGUCAGGUUGAUAAAGAAUUGGCUAGUGGUGAAUACUUUUUGAAGGCAAGUCAAAAGAAGAGACAGAAAAUGGAAGCAAUAAAGGCUAAACAAGCAGAAGCUCUUAGUAAGAGACAAGAGGAAAGAAACAAAGCUUUUAUUCCACCUAAAGAAAAACCAGUUCACCUAAAGAAACCUAAGGAAGCUUCUACUGAAACUAAGAUUGAUGUGGCUGCCCUCAAGGAAAAGGUUAAGAAAGCAAAGAAUAAGAAACUGGGAGCUCUUACAGCUGAAGAAGUUAAGCUUAAAAUGGAAGCAGAUGAAAAGAAAAAGAAGAAAAAGUAACACAAACUCUGAACUAAAAUUUAUUAAGCUAUCUCCUUUUGUAAAGGAUUUUGAAAUACUAUAGUUGGCAACAUUAGUUGCCUUAUCCAUGAGAAGUAAUACCCUGAUCACUUUUUUCUGAGUUUGUGCUUUAUUACAGUGUUAAUAUAAACAACUGUUCUUUAUUAAUUAU